AGCGGAGUGCGGUCCAGCCCGGCGCCCGCCUUUAGCCUUGGAACCCCCGCCACUCGUGCAUCUCCAGCUGCCGCCCACUCCCCUCCCUCUCAUCCCGUCAAAGAAGAGGAGACGAGAAAGCGAAGUCAAUCAAAUCCAUGGGGAUCGUGGAGGAGGCACACAACCUGCGGGUUGUCGGGGAGGGGAAGCGCGGAGUGAUCGUUCUUGCGCACGGCUUCGGCACGGACCAGUCGGUGUGGAAGCACCUGGUGCCGCACCUCGUCGCUGACUACCGCGUCGUCCUCUUCGACACCAUGGGCGCCGGGCCGACCAACCCAGACUACUUCGAUUUUUCCCGCUACGCCACGCUCGAGGGAUAUGCGCUCGAUCUGCUCGCCAUCCUGGAGGAGCUCGGGAUGGCCUCCUGCAUCUACGUCGGCCACUCCGUCUCCGCCGUAAUCGGCGUGCUCGCCUCCAUCUCCCGUCCCGACCUCUUCUCCAAGCUCGUACUCCUCUCCGCUUCUCCCAGGUACCUCAAUGAUGUGGAUUACUAUGGGGGAUUUGAGCAGGAGGAGCUUGAUGAGCUCUUUGAAGCGAUGAGAUCAAACUAUAAGGCCUGGUGCUCAGGUUUUGCACCACUCUGUGUUGGAGGGGACCUGGAAUCUGUGUCAGUUCAGGAGUUCAGCCGAACUCUCUUCAACAUUCGCCCAGACAUAGCCCUGAGCGUUGCCCAGACGAUCUUCCAGAGUGAUGUGCGCACCCUCCUACCGCUCGUCUCGGUCCCAUGCCAUAUCGUUCAGAGCACCAAGGACCUCGCAGUGCCAGUUGUGGUGUCAGAGUACUUGCACAAGCAUCUUGGUGGCGACUCCAUCGUUGAGGUGAUGCCCUCUGAGGGCCAUCUCCCCCAGCUUAGCUCACCGGACAUUGUCACCCCCGUAUUGCUCCGACACAUCCAGCAUGACAUUGCAUUCUAAGUAGUGCAACCAUGGCUCAUAGAAGCUGUUGCUUGGAAGCUUUAUGAGGUCAGUAUCUGCAUUUACUUAAGGAUUCACCACAUGAUGUAAAUUCUUGGCGGUGGAAAUUGUAGUGUACAUUUUAAACCUUUGCCUACUUCAAAAUGUGUAUAAUAAUCAUGUUGGAUCACCUAGCAGAACACAUGCCCUACGAA